AUGCGCCUUUGGGGUGCAAGGAGGCAAAUUCCUCGGAUUUAUAACCCCGAAAAAUGCGAAGCAAUACUCAACAUGGUGAGCCCUAGAACAAUAAAAGAAGUACAACAACUGGCAGAAAAGGUAGCAGCACUAUCUCGGUUCCUACCAUCAGCAUCAAGCCGAGCAUACCAUUUCUUCCAAACAAUAACAAAGAACAAAAAGUUUCAAUGGACAGAGGAAUGUGAGAAAGCGUUCACCAAGCUCAAAACCAUUUUGUCAUCACCACCAGUACUACAAAGACCAGAAGUCGAACAGAGGUAUCCGAAGAUAGAACAGCUAGCUUUAGCACUCGUAACAACAGCGAGAAGACUCAGAUACUACUUCCAGAGCCACACAGUGAUAGUACGGACAAACCAACCAUUAAGACAAAUACUGACAAAACCAGAACUAGCCGGACGACUAACUAAAUGGUCCAUCGAGCUCUCAGAAUUCGACAUCCAAUUUCAACCAAGGUCAGCCUUAAAAGCACAGAUCCUCGCUGACUUUAUAUCAGAACUAACCUCAGACGAACACAACAAAUGUUGGGAACUACACGUCGACGAAGCAUCCAGCAAGGGAGGAAGCGGAGCUGGGAUAAUCCUGAAAGAAGGGGACAAUGUGGUGGCCGAGCAAUCUCUCCAGUUCCACUUCCCAGCAAGCAAUAAUCAGGCAGAGUAUGAGGCCCUUAUUGCCGGACUCAAGCUCGCCCUCAACUUCCAGGUACAAAGUCUAACAGCUCACUGCGAUUCUCUCUUGGUGGUUCAACAAAUCCGAGGAGAAUAUCAGGUAAAGGAUCCCUUGCUAGAGCGAUAUUGGCUCAUAGCAAAGGAUCUUAUUUCAAAAUUCAGUUCAUUCAUUAUUCUACAUGUGCAUAGAGAUAAGAAUAUUAGAGCCGACGUAUUAUUCAAACUUGCCGCCACUAGAUCAGACACACAAACAUCGGCAUUAUCACAACUCACACUUAAAAAACCCAGUAUUGAAUUACUAUCUAUAAGCAUUAACCACCUCCAUGAUUGGAGAACACCUUUUCUUGAAUACAUCAAUACAGGCACCAUGCCCAGAGACGAGCUCAACACGCAAUACUUCAAGCGAAGAGCAAGUCUCUAUACAAACAUAGGUGGAGAACUAUACAGACGCGGUAUCUCACAACCAUUAUUAAAGUGCCUAAACACUGAGGAGGCAAGGGAGGUCAUGGAUGAAGUUCAUGAGGGCGUAUGUAGAAACCACAUUGGAGGACGAGCUCUCGCCGCAAAGAUCGUCCGAACAGGAUACUAUUGGCCAACCAUGAGAAGAGAUUGCAUAACAAAAGUUAAGAAAUGUGACAAAUGCCAAAAACACGAGGCCAUCUCUACAAAGCCGGCCGAGGUAUUACACAGCAUGGAGCAUCAUUUUAGCUCGGUCGAACACCCACAGAGCAAUGGGCAGGCCGAGGCUGCUAACCGAGUUAUAUUGCAGGCAAUGAAAAGAAAGCAUGACAAUGCAAAAGGUGAAUGGGUCGAGCUGAUCCCAGAAAUAUUGUGGAGUUACAACACAACAAUACAAACCACCACAGGUGAAACACCUUUCAAACUAGUGUAUGGAUCAGAAGCACUAAUCCCAGUAGAGGUCGGGACUCCUACAAUCAGAACCGAACUAUACGAUGAACAGUACAACACAUGCAUAAGGAGCGCCGAGCUUGACCUCGUCGAAGAAGACAGAGAUAUUGCGGCGAUUAAACAAAGAGCCAUGAAGCAAUUGGCGGAGAGAAAACACAAUAGAAAAGUUGUUCCAAGAACAUUUACGAAGGACGACUUAGUCCUCAGACGAAUCGAAGACGCGAGACGGCCUCCUUCGCAUGGCAAGCUCGCCACAAACUGGGAAGGACCUUUUCGAAUAGCAAAAGUACUCGGAAUGGGGGCUUAUCAACUCCAGACACUUCAAGGCAACCCAGUAUCAGGGAACUGGAAUGUUUCGUCAUUAAAAAUGUAUAGAUCAUAA